UUCUAAGAGAUUACGGAGUACUACUUUUUCCGAUGAAUGUUAACUAGCUUUGUAUUAUGGAUAUAUUUUAGGAGAGUUUUAUAUAUUUAGGAAACAAGUGUUUGUUUCCUAAUAGAAUUCAAUAUAUUUCCUAAUUCAUGUACAAUUAGGUUCCUAGUACAGCUCAACUUCAUAGAGCUAUAAAUAUUGUAUUGUUUCCGCAGAUUAAUUCAAGUCAAUUGACAUUGUUCACAUAUAUUUAUCGUGGUAUCACAGCCAAUGGUUAAUUGAUCCUAAUUUUUUUUUUUCUCUUUCUCACUUCACCAGCCUGAAGCGCUUCAAGCAGCAAUAUUGUUUGGUUAGUUUUUUUUUCCAUUAUUCUGACUCCAUGGGUGGUGAAGGUAAAACUCCUAUUCAAUUAAUUCAUGAUGCUUCCUCCAUAUAUUAUUUACACCUGUCUGAAGGUCCUAGCAAUUCUCUGUCUAAAUACUUGCUAAAAGAACAAAAUGACGAUAUAUGGGAGAAGGCUAUUGUUAAUGCUUUAGAGGGUAAAAAUAAAUAUGGCUUUGUUAAUGGAGAUUGGGCUAAACCUAAAGAUGAAACUGGUGCUGAAUUUGCUGCUUGGAAGGCUAAUAAUUCUACAAUCUGUUAUUGGAUCUUCAAUUCUGUUGAUGAGUCUAUUCAACCUAGUAUUGUGUCUCAUAAAAUAGCUAAAGAUAUGUGGCAAGAUAUAAAGGAACGUUUUUGUGUCUCCAAUGGCCCUCGCCUAAAUCAACUAAAAUCAGAAUAUCACUCGCUUCGUCAAAAAGGCUUGUCUGUUGUGUCAUACUACAACAAAUUUGUGGCACUAUGGAAUGAAUUGUAUGGCAAAGAAGAUGUGAUAUGUGGUUGCACGUGUGAGGCUGCCGCUAAACUCCGUGCUCGUGCGGAGAGAGACAAGACUCAUGAUUUUGUGUUGGGCCUUGAUGAUGAGCAAUACAAAAUCCUCCGUACUCAAAUUUUAAGUAUGGACCAUUUUCCUACUUUGAACAAAGCAUACUCUUUGGUAUCUCAAGAAGAACAACACACGGACAUUAUUCGUGAUCGUGAUGAUAAAACUAAAAUUGUCAGCUUUGCAGUACAGUCUACAACACACUCAGCCACACCUUCUGCUCAUCCUACACCUCCUGUUAGUUUACAAUCAACCCCACCAACGUGUACUCAUUGUGGUAAAUAUGGCCAUGAUUAUGAGCGUUGUUAUCAACGUGUUGGCUUUCCUCCAGGUAUGCGUAACAGAAGAGGGGGAAGAGGCAGGGGUGGCCGUGGGAGAGGGGGAGGUUCUGGUGGCCGCGGGCAGUCCGCAUCCUCUACUGCCAAUGCAGCACAACACUCUGGUGGCAGUAACACAGAUCAAUCACGCAAUAAUGCUACAGCAAGCACAAGCUCAGAUUUUUCCAACGACCAAAUGCAACGGAUAAUCACCCUCCUUGAAGGUGCUCAGUCCAAUGACAAAUUGUUUGGACCGCAUAACGAAGACGACGAUUGGCCUCGGUGAGCUAAGGAAUGGGGUGUAUGUCUUUCGGGAAAUGGAGCAACCAAUUUCAUCUCAUGCUACUACGGCAGAAUCGACUCUCCUUUUGCACCAUCGUCUAGGACAUCCUUCAAGUCAGCAUUUAAGUUAUGUUAGUAAUGCUAGUAAGAACAGCAAAAUAAAGAAAGAGCUAGACUCUUGUGAUGUAUGUUUUCGUGCCAAACAAACUCGCACGGUUUUUCCAUUAAGUGAAAAUAAA